AUGCGGCUUCUGGUGGUUCUUCUGUUUCUCAGUGCCGUUUCGGCCAAAACUUACCCGCCUUUUUCUCCAUUUGACGGUCAAGACUUUGGAUACUUGGACGACUACCCAAUCCAGCACAAAAUCUUCUUUUCUCCAAUUCCCAAGCCUUGGAACGAUAAAUUGAUAAUCCCUAUCAAUACUCCUUCGACACCCGCGGAACGCAUUCCGUUGCUGCCGGGUAAUCCACCGUGUGAGUUUAUAAUAAUAAUAAUUUAUACUUCCAAAGAAAAAAACCGUCCUAGUCCAUAAAUUUUUAACUAAAAAUCUCAAGACGAUAAGAAAGAAAAAAAUCAACUUUUUGAAGUAUUUUUUUCCUGCCCAAAUCGGGACAUAAAGGUAGGGUGAAGAACAAAAAAAAAUUAUUCUCGAAACUACAGAGACGUCUGAAUCUAUUAUUUUCUCACACUAUUUCGCUGAUCGUGCUGAAACUCUCUCUCUCAAUGAUAAAAUUUACAGUAUCCAAUAUACCGUAAUACUAAACUCCAUUUUUAUCUCUAGAGAAGCCUGAAUCUCUUGUUUUAUCACACUAUUUUGCUAUUCAUGCUAAAAAUCUCUUAUUGAAUAAGCUAUAUCUACAGUAUCCAAUAUACCGUAAACUAAACUCCGUUUUGAUCAUAGACGUUUUAAAAAUCUACCGAAAUAUUCUAAAAUCGUCUGAAUACUUUAUUCUCUCACAAUAUUCCGCUAAUCGCGCUGAAACUUUCUCUCAAUGAUAAAAAGUACAGUAAAAAUAUACAGUAAUCACUAAGAGUCAUUUCAAGACCAUACUUCCCCUAGGACAUCUCCCUCCGAUUUUUAAAGGCGAAAAUUUUUUCCCCUCAGUUGAAAUAACUUUAUUCAAACACCAACUAUACCGCCCGUCAAAACUACCAGCUUAAAAACCACUGCUCAAAAGAAAAAAAAAAAUCCAAUUUUCAGACCCCAACUACGGCUCAACUGGUCGUACUCCUCCACUCCAGAUUCCGAUCAACCGUCCUCCAAACAUGCCUUACAGUUGGCCGACUGGACCGAUGAGGCCAGGCGGCCCAAGCGGCGGUCCGAACACGCCAUUCGGAUGA